UGCUUGUCGUCCGUCCCCCCCCUCCCGCUUCUGCCGGGCCGCUGCUCCUGUCGCGAGACUUCCCGCUCCUCCGCCGCUCCCUCUACCGCCGCCCGAGCCGGGGACCCGGACCCAGCCUCUUCCCCCCCCCCGCCCAACCCGCUCACCGGCCCCCCAGCCCCGCCUCGCCGCCGCCAUGGCGGACCCUAAGUACGCCGACCUCCCCGGCAUUGCCAGGAACGAGCCAGAUGUUUAUGAAACCAGCGACCUACCUGAGGACGAUCAAGCAGAGUUCGAUGCGUUUGCACAAGAGCUGGAGGAGCUGACCAGCACGAGUGUGGAGCACAUCAUUGUCAACCCCAACGCUGCCUAUGACAAGUUCAAGGACAAGAGAGUGGGAACAAAGGGACUCGAUUUCUCAGAUCGCAUUGGAAAAACCAAGAGGACGGGAUAUGAGUCUGGAGACUAUGAGAUGCUUGGAGAGGGUCUGGGGGUGAAGGAGACGCCUCAGCAGAAGUACCAGCGACUGCUGCACGAAGUGCAGGAGCUGACGACGGAGGUGGAGAGGAUCAAGACCACAGUGAAGGAGGCAGCCACCGAGGAGAAGCUGACCCCCGUGGUUCUGGCCAAGCAGCUGGCUGCCCUUAAGCAGCAGCUGGUCGCCUCCCACCUGGAGAAGCUGCUGGGACCCGAUGCUGCCAUCAACCUCACUGACCCGGACGGAGCCCUGGCUAAGCGUCUACUGCUGCAGCUGGAAGCAACCAGGAGCAGCAAGGGGGCUCCAGGGGGAAGGACCACAGGCGGGGCCCCCCCAGAGAGCAGCCUCGUCACCUACGAGCUCCACUCGCGGCCUGAGCAGGACAAGUUCUCACAAGCUGCCAAAGUUGCAGAACUUGAGAAGCGCCUGACGGAGCUGGAGGCCACUGUCCGCUGUGACCAGGAUGCUCAGAAUCCCCUUUCUGCAGGUCUGCAGGGAGCCUGUCUCAUGGAAACUGUAGAACUGUUGCAGGCCAAGGUGAGCGCCCUGGACCUCGCAGUUCUGGACCAAGUAGAGGCCCGGCUGCAGAGUGUCCUGGGAAAGGUGAAUGAGAUCGCCAAGCACAAGGCCUCUGUGGAGGACGCAGACACGCAGAGCAAGGUGCAUCAGCUUUAUGAAACCAUACAGCGCUGGAGCCCCAUCGCCUCUACCCUUCCCGAGCUGGUGCAGAGACUCGUCACCAUCAAGCAGCUCCAUGAGCAAGCUAUGCAGUUUGGUCAGCUCCUGACACACCUGGACACCACGCAGCAGAUGAUCGCCGCCUCCCUUAAGGACAACACCGCUCUCCUGAGCCAGGUGCAGACAACUAUGCGUGAGAACUUGGCCACGGUUGAGGGGAAUUUUGCCAGCAUUGAUGAGCGGAUGAGGAGGCUGGGGAAGUGAGCGUGUGGAGAGCUGAGAACAGGGUAACCCGUGCCCGAGCUCUGUGAGAGGCUUCCACGGGGCUUCCCCUUCACCAUAACUCCCAGCCCCAUCCCACUUGACCAAGGGAGGGGUCUUGCAUGUGGGGUGUAGACCCCUCCCCUGACGACUCGAGUGGUAGCUGGGGCUGUUAGAUGGGAGGCUGUCCUCAGGCCCAGCCACAGGCCAGCUCCUGUCCCAUGACUGCUUUGCCUGGUGUGAGGGAGGACCGGAUCCUGUCCUCUAACAGCUUCUGUGGCCCACUAGGAUACUGUACAACUGUUUCUGACCAUUAAAUGCUGUUGUACUGUGUAGCCUCUGCUGUUUCCUGGGUUUCAAAGAGGAAGCACUGAGACAGACAUGCAGAGCAUAACAGUCCAAGCCACACUAUGAUGAGACUAUUUCAGUUGUAAUCUGUUCUUACCAAAGAACUAAAUAAAAAUGAUACAGAGCCAGAA